GGGGCGCGGCUGCGAGCGCGAAACAUGGCGGGGUUGGGUGCUGGCGGCGGCGGUGGCGGCGGCGACUACGACGAGGACGAGGAUGACCACAGCGUAUUCAAGGCGGCCAUGGAGGUGUUCAGGAAGCUGAAGGACCUAAACUGCCCCUUUCUAGAGGGUGUGCAUGUCACAGGACCAGAGACGAUUCAGGAAAUGCUGUGUAGCCCCUCGAAGCGUCGCUUGGAGAUUCUGGAGUGGAUGUGUGUACGGGUCUGCCCCGCCCUGCAGGACAAAUUCAGCUCACUACAGGGAGCCCCGGCAGAGGUGAAGAUCCAAGAGAUGGUGAAACUAGGCCAUGAGCUGAUGCUGUGCGCGCCAGACGACCAGGAGCUCCUGAAGGGCUGUGCCUGUGCCCAGAAGCAGCUAUACUUCAUGGACCAGUUGCUGGAUGUAGCCCGGAGCCUGACCAUUGGAUACUCCAGGUGCUCGAGCCUGAAAGAGUACUUCAGGGACACCAUGGAGAAGAACGAGGCGUUGCUAGAGGAGUUCUUCUCCAGCCCCCACCUGCAGACGCUCCUGAACCCCAGGUGUGACCCGUGGCCCAUGGACAUGCGGUCCCUCUUCUACAAGCAGAGUGAUGACUGGCAGCGCCACAGCCCCUCGGCCAAGUCUGAGAAGGAGAAGGUGGCGGAGCUGGCCAGGCAGCUGCAGGAGAGCACUGCCAAGCUGCAGAUGCUCAGAGUGGAGUGCCUUGCACAGCACAAGCAAGGGGCCAGCAUCAGCACCCUGGACCAGAAGCUGCGCCUGGCCAUCUCUGACUUCCACCAGCUCAUCUCGGCUUUCCUUGAAGUCUACGACAACGAGCUGAGUGAGUGCUGCCAGCGCCCAGGCCCCAACCUCCACCAGUGCGGCCCCAUCAUCCAGGCCGUGUACCAGUCUCUGACUUCCUGCAGCCAACUACUGAAGGCAGUCGUGGAGGUCGCUGACACCUCUGUGAAAGCCACCGAGAUGGUGAGGAAGCAGCAGGGCAAGCAGAUCUGCUGGGGCAGUGACAGCUCUGUGAUGAGUCUAGCCGCCAAACUGGAUGAACUAAUGCAGAAAUACAAGGUCUUCAAUGACAGCCUGCAGAAGGGCACAGGCUAGCGCGGCGGCAGGAAGCCCUCCCAGAGCCCGGGGCGGCUGGCGGCCGAGCCAGGCGGAGAAGCGGUUCCUGUUCUCCGGGCAGGGCCCGAGGCGCUCUGGGAGGGAGGGAAGCUGGCAGGGCUGAGCAGAGGGGUUCAAACUGCACAAAGGAAACCUCAGGUUCUAAGAA